AUGGAGAAGGCCGAUGAAAAUCUCUUACCAGCCGUUUACGGAGAGGUCAGUGAAGCUUUCACCGUCGGCCCAUCUGCUCUCGGGUACCUCACCUUCAUCCGAAAUUUCGUGCAGGGACUGGCGUCUCCAAUGGCGGGUCUUCUUGUAAUUAAACAUGAUCGUCCAACAGUUCUUGCUCUGGGCAUUAUGUGCUGGGCUUUCUCAACUGCUGCUGUGGGUUUUAGUCAGUAUUUCUGGCAAGUUGCAAUUUUGCGGGCUGUAAAUGGGUUGGGACUUGCAAUUGUGAUACCGGCGCUUCAGUCUUUCAUAGCUGACAGCUAUGAGGAUCGUUCAAGGGGGGUUGGAUUUGGGGUUCUCAGUCUUAUUGGUUGUUUGGGUGGCAUUGGAGGUGGAGCUCUGGCUACUGUUAUGGCGGGCCAUGAGUUCUGGGGUGUACCUGGAUGGCGUUGUUCCUUUAUUAUGAUGGCAACUUUGAGUUCCUUAAUUGGUCUCCUUGUGUUCUUUUUUGUGGUUGAUCCAAGAAAAACAAUGAUAAUCGAUCAACAUUCAAGGCAAAAUACUGAAAGGGAUGUUUUAAUAGAUAAGGGAAAGUCCAGAGCAACAACAACUUGGGUGGAGUCCUGGACGGCAAUGAAAUCUGUCAUGAAAGUGAAAACAUUUCAGUUCAUCGUCUUGCAGGGAAUUGUUGGUUCAGUGCCUUGGACAGCCAUGGUCUUCUUCACUUUUUGGUUUGAACUAAUCGGUUUUGAUAACAAUAGAGCCGCAGCUAUAUAUAGUCUUUUUGGGGCUGGAACUGCCAUAGGAUCCUUCCUUGGAGGAGUAAUAGCAGAUCGAAUGUCCCUUGUUUUCCCUAAUUCAGGACGUAUAAUGUGUGCACAGUUCAGCGCCUUCAUGGGCAUUCCAAGCUCAUUGUUACUACUCAGAGUUAUCCCCCAGUCUGUUGACAGCUACUUUGCAUUUUCUGCCACCAUGUUCAUCAUGGGCCUUGCCAUCAGCUGGUGUGCCUCUGCUGCAAAUGGCCCCAUGUUUGCCGUGGUGGUGCCACCCAAAAAUAGAACCAUGAUUUAUGCAUUCGAUCGUGCUUUCGAAGUAUCAUUCUCUGCUUUCGCCGCUCCUAUGGUUGGGAUAUUAUCCGAGAAGAUAUAUGGGUAUGAUCCAACCUCUGUUGAUCCAGGUUCGGGGUCUGCACAAGACGCCUAUGCAUUGUCAAGAGGGCUUUUUGCGAUGAUGGCGGUUCCAUUUGGUUUGUGUUCCUUGUUUUACACCCCUUUGUAUUGGUAUUUCAAGCGAGACCGUGAUGAGGUUAAAAGAUCCAGUUUAGAAGAGGAAGAUCUUUUAUGA